AUGAAGUAUUUGCACGAAUCCAAACCACCGAUCAUUCAUCGCGAUCUUAAACCCGAUAAUAUUUUAAUUGUGGAAAAUAUUAUUAAUAAUCGGUUUUUAAAACUAUGUGACUUUGGUUUGGCCACACAUCACGACAUGCCGUCCAUGAGCCACACGGCAGGGGUCGGCACUGACCAAUAUAUGGCCAUUGAGGCGAAACAGGGCCGGUAUACCAUCAAAACAGACAUCUUUAAUCUGUUCGUCCAAUGCUUCCACCUAAACCUAAAUGUCAAAACGAGUUCAGAUGAGCCUCCAAAUGUGACAGACCACGUGCAUUCGCAACCGGUGCCAAACCCAAGACGUAAUACAUUUAAAACAAUGGCAGAGCGCCGUAUGGAUGAUGCAGACUAUUGUCCGGAUUUGCACCCAAAUACAGUAAAAAAAGAGAUCACAAUAGUUUUGUUGGGAGCGUCAGGUGUGGGAAAGUCCACAUUCAUUAACGCAAUCGUAAACUAUAUGUCUUUCGAGAGUAUGGAUGCGGCGAACGGACGGCCCAUAUGUUUAAUGCCCGUCAGCUUUACUAUAGUUGACCCCACGACUAAAGAACUACUGACAAUAGCACUGAGUGACCAGGAUCACACACUGGAACAGAUUAAGGACACUACCAAAUCUGUCACACAAUACCCCAUGUGUUAUAAAUUUGAAGAUGAUAAUAUUGUGCUCAAUAUAAUCGAUACGCCGGGAAUUGCGGACACGGAUGCAAUUAUCGAGAAAUUAAUGCUUUUUGUGUUCUCUUGA